AUGUUAAAAAUGGUAAAUGCACAUAAUAAAAUACAAUUAUUAACUAGUAGUAAUAUGAUCAAUUCUUAGUCGAAAGAUGAAGAUUUAAUAAAAAAAAUUCUUAAUCACCUCAAUACAACAUGUUCUUACGGCUAAGUCUUUGAGCUUGAUACUUCUGAAGACAUUCAAUUGGAAUAACCAAAAUAUCGCAAAUAAUAAUUAAAAAAGCUAAUUGAAGCAGCAAGAAAAGCUUUUAAAAAAUUAUGUGAAGAUUAAUUGAAAUAAAUAAAGGGAGUAAUUGUUCCUAAUGCCUUUAAAUUGCAAAUGUCAUUUGAUGUUGUAAAGAAUCAAGCACUUAAAAUUCCUUUUAAAACUUUAUUUUAUGAUAAACUGAUAUUAAACCCUUUAUUUUGUGAUUUCUGGGUAAUUGUUGAGAAAAUUUCAAAAUCAGAAAAUGCCUUGGAUGAAAUAUAAAAAAUAGAUGCGGAUGAAUAUUAUGUUAUAUUAUUAUUCUGGAAACUCCGAUAGCUUUUGAUUAGAAAACAUCAGAAUAAUGCUAAGUUUGAAAUACUUCUAUAUCCACACUAGCUUAAUUUUGGAAUUUGUAAAAUAGAAAAUAAUAAAGAAACUAUCUACUUCCAUAAAAUAGAUCAUAAAAUACAAUUCUUAAUCAAAAAUAGCCUAUUUCAUAACACAAUUUCUACAGCUAUUUAAUAAAAAAAAUUAAAGCAAUUUUAAGUAGUUUUGUUUGAGAAAAACGAUGAAAUUCAGUUAGAAUUAUUUAAUGCUGAGAUUAAUAACUAACUCAAAACAAAAAGGACGAGUUUUGGUAAAAAAAUAAGUUCAUAAUUUACGAAAAAUAAUAUCUAAUACAAAAUAAAAUAUGAAAAAAGAAGAGGGUUAUUUGUGUAGAAUUCCAGAAAGCCAGGAGGAUUUUAUUAUGAAGGAUUUGUUGCAUUUGAAAAUACUAAUAAGUACCCGAAAUAUAGAUAUGAAUAUUUAUAUUUAUUUUAGGAAUUCCAUAUCAGAAAUCCAAUAAAUUAUUACUAAAGUGUUAUAUGUUUAAAUGAUGAUGAUUGGUAGGAUAAUUUAAAACAUUUUAUCAAAUUAGAAUUAAAUGAUGAUCCUAUAUGUGAAUGUGGAAGGUAAUUUGGUCCAUAUGAUUGUGAUACUUUUAUGAUCGAUAGUAAGAUAAAUUAAACAUUUAAGUACAUUAUUUAACAGUUAAUUGUGUCUAAAGAAUAUUUGCUUUACACUACAUUAAUCUCUUAACCAAUUUUUGUCGAGAUUGAGACACGUGAAUAUGACAACUAGUUUUUUGUAUUAUAUUACGACAAAGAAGAUAAGGAUUAUACUAUAAAGAAAAAAAAAAUUAUGGAGAUAUUGUUUCAAGGUAAGAUAUUAAAUUAUGAUUUGGAUUAAAUUAAAGAUAGGGAAGAAAGAUCUCUAUUUGAAGAAGAUUAUUAUUAUUAAGAUUAUAAUACUUAUAACAAUUACGAAUCAGCUGGAUUAAAUUAAGUAAUAAAUGAAUAGACAUGUAAAUUAAAACAAAAAUGA